AUGGGCAAAAGCAAGACGAAAAAGUUUAAGCGUCCCCAGUUCAACGAUGUCGGACUAUCUGUGAACGCCGUGAAGGAAGCGGCCGCAGAGAUUGAGGAACGACAGAACGACGAUAAUGACUCCCCGGCGGCGGAACUGCUGGAGAAAUUGGAAAGUCCCAGCGCCGAUGUCAGAGAGUGUACAUGUGCCAGCAUCUCUCGGGUGGUCCAACAGAGGCAGACCAUUCCAGGCUUCCUUCAGAGGGGUGCGGUGAGGCGGUUGGGACCCAUGUUGUUGGACGGCAGCCUUGCUGUUAGGGAGACUGCUGCCGGAGCGCUCAGGAAUCUAAGCGUGUGCGGUGGCCAGGAGGUAUGCGAGGACAUGGUGAAGCACGAUGUCAUGACUCCUUUGACAGCACUCCUCAGAGAGUGCUGCAGUACUUUUGAUAGUGCGUUUAGGCCAACCAAAGAGCUAAAGAACCCAGUGGAGAAUGUCGCCAAUGAGGCAGUGAACCUGCUCUGGAACCUCUGUGAGAGCAGCAACCAGGCACUGGCUAUGUUCAAUAAAUCAGGACUUCUAGACGUGGUGGUCCAAUGUCUAGAGAGACACUCCCACAAUGUGGAACUGGCCACUUCUGCUGCGCACUGUUUGCACACUGUGUCAGAGGACAACCCCGAGCUGCUGUGUAGCAUAAACAGCACUGUGCACGAAGCCCUGGAGGGCGUGCUGCUCUCAAAGCAAUCUAGCAUGGCACACAUCCUCCUCAGGACGCUAACUGGAGGAGCACUGUGGAACAUGAAGGAAAGCAUACCGGCGGCCCGACAGGCUCAGACCCUCACAGGCGUGCUGACAAAUCUGUCACAAUGUUUGGAUAUGGAUGCGGGCGAACUUAUCCUUCAGCUUCGCAGAGCAGAGGCGGUCCGCUACCAGGAAGCUCCGAACGCGUUGGGUAUGGACAUGCAAGCUGCCGGGGAGCCUGCUAUGGAGGAAAUGGAUGACUUUUCUGAUCUCUUGCCUAGGGAGCUGGAGGAGCUGAGGGAAGCGGUGGCCUUGCUGACAGCCCAGCAGACGUCCUUAGAGAUCCUCGUCAACAUGUGCUCCUCAGACGACAUCUCUGACGACGAGUGGGAGGAGACGUCGAGUGGCGACGAAAGCGAAGCGGCAGCCGACGGGUUGUCCAGCCUCAUGUCGCCGCUGUGUUUGUCGGCGGAAGUGCACGCCGCCCUUGUCAAGAACAACAUCCCUGAAAAGGUGCUCAAAAAGACAGAGUUCCCCAAGCAAGAAGCCGUAAACAUAUGCCUACAGACUCCCUACUGGAAAAGCCUUAUAAAGAAAAUGCAGCGGGUCCAGUCCCGAUCCCUCACAUGUCUCCACACUAUCCUUUCUGGCAUGGACGCAGACUCUCUGGGUGGGGCGACAGCCUUGCAGCAGGCCGCGCAACAUCUUUCUGCUCUGGUCUUUGGAGCGCCAGAAAUCCCUAAAGAUGAGGAAUUCCUGGAGGCAGCCAUCAGUGCAAUGCGGUCUCUUUUGCAGAUGACCGCCUCGAAAAAUAUCCCUCUGUCUAUUAGCCUGCAGCAACUUAUGAGCCUCAGUGAAGCCGCCGCCCGUUCUAAUGUGAUAAGCGUGAGGGUCAAUGCUGUCGCCAUCCUGGGCAUCACUGGCAGCACACUUGCCAAAGAGAAAGGCUCAGCUCAAACCCUUGAGAUGAUUGGGAAUGGCUUACUCCAAGUAGCAAACAACGAUGCCAACCUAGUUGUCAACGGCGAGGCCCUGGAUGCCCUUUUUGACGUGUUUGCAGACGGCGAAGAGGCAGAGACGGCAGCCAAAAGCAUCCAGUUACUUCCAGCUUUGAAGACGCUUCAGCCUCUGUUUAAGGCUAAGAUUCGUAAGCUGGGAAAAGACCGGUACAACCCGCAGCAGCUUUGCGUUCUCGACAAUGUCAGAGUCAACCUCAGGAGAUUCAUCGGCUACCUGGAGACUGUGGUCAAAAAGUGA